GGCAGUCAUCACAGAGGAACAGGAAGUCAAAAGAAGCACGACGUCAAGAAGGUAGGGUUUCAUUUUUAUCCUGCUUUCAAAGGUACUGCACACAUUAUAAGGCUGCGAGGGAACUUCUACUGACGUCCACCUCAAGACGGCCAUGGAUUGUAUAGAGCCCAUCCUGUCUAUUGCCUCACAAAUCUACACUCUUGUUGAGAAUGUGAAAGCCAACAAAAACCGCUGCCGACGUGUGUGUAGUCGUGUCCAAGCUCUUGAGGAGCUGGUGAAUUCCAUCAGAGAGAGGAAGACGAUCCAAACAGAUGUAGAAAAAGCCCUUAAAGAACUGUGUGUCACGCUAAGAUCAGCAGAGCAACUCAUCAAGAAGUACACGCUAUCAAAGUGGGUGGAGCGCAUCUUGAAAUCCGGCAGCCACGGUGAAGAGUUCAACAGCGUGAACGAGCGUCUCAACGAUGCUUUCCAGGUUUUGUCUGGCGCUCUGCAGGUGGAGCAGGGGAAUUUGCUGUUCAAGGUAUUUGAACAGGCCUCCAAUAUAGAUGAGGUGGACGGGAAAAAGGAUAACGCCGAGCUGGAGAAAUGUGAGCAACUUCUUGAAGCCAUGCAGAAAGAAUUUGAGAGUGUCAAAUAUAAUGUGGAAAAGCUUGUGGAGAUUUUGAACAAGCCCCGCGUCAUUGAUGAAGACAUCCGAAUGAUCAAACCUGACGAACUGAAGUACGAACAUCCCAAGAGAGCCUUCAUGAAAACGUCCACCUCGGAGGUCUACAGAGGAGAGUACCGUGGCUUCACGGUGGCCAUCAAAAGAUAUAUAGACCCUCUAAGCACAAGCCCAAGGGAGAUCCGGUAUAUUUUCGAUAAGGAGGUUGAAACCAUGAGACGUUUCGAGUCACCCAACAUCCUCCGAAUGUUUGGCAUCUGUGUCCAGAACGAGGACGGACCCAAUCCCCAGUUCCUCAUCAUCAUGGAGUAUUGUGAGAAGGGAAACCUCCGAGAGGUUCUGGACUCGGACGCUAAACUCUCCUGGACUAGAAAAGCACGCAUGUGUCUGGAUGCAGCACAAGGACUCUACAGACUUCACCAGACUGAGGUGAAGAGUAAAGUUCAUGGAUGCAUCACCAGCUCUAAGUUCUUGGUCGCCGAAGGUUACAGAGUUAAGCUCGGAGGGUUCGAAUUGACUAAAACUGAAACGUCACUGAACGCAACUAAGGAGAAAGACAGAGAGAUCAGGUCCUUGGGUUACUCAUCUCCUCAGAUGCUCAAUGACAUCAACCAUGUCUACAGCAAGGAAUGUGAGAUGUACAGUUUUGGUAUCGUCCUGUGGGAAAUUUCAACACGCAAGAAACCUUUUGAAGGAUUUUCCAAUAGGGAAAUAUAUCAGAAAGUGUGCAAAGAGAAAUUUAAGGAAAUGCUUCCUGAGGACUGUCCUGAGUCACUGGGAGAUCUGAUCAACGCCUGCCGGGCCUAUGACAACUUCCAAAGACCGUCUGCAGGAGUACUGCUGGACAAACUGAGGAGUGUGGUUACACAGUUGGAGGAGCAACAAUAAUAACACUCCACACUGCAGAUGUCAGUCUGUUUCCAGACUAACAGUCUGAAAGUGUGUGACUUUUGACAAAUGACGUAUACUGCAUGUUCAUUAAAAGUUGAUCGAGAUCCAUGCUGUGGUUUGUAUCAGUCAUAUAAAAAUAUCACAGGUGAUUCAGGAAAAAACUGGAUAUGUCUGUAAUGCUCUGAUUCUUAGUAUUAUUCAUUCUUUCAUUCCAUCCUUCUUCAUAAAACAUUUAAAAACUCGUAACAAGUCACAGAUUAAA